AUGGAGCUCUCCGACAUCUUCCGCAUCGUCAACUUGGCCGUUGGUGCCAUAACCGUCCUUGGCGGUGUCUUUGGUUUCUUUGGAGGUGGACUGCGCGCCAUCGUCCUCAGCGUCUAUAUGAUCAUCUUUGGUCUCUCUAUUGGUCUCCUCGCCGCCGCAGAGUUCCAGAUCCCUCCCCAGGUCUCCCGCUACGCCAACUUUCUGUUCUCCUUUAUCGGCCGUGGUGUCUUCUACAUCUUCCUCGGCUGCCUGCUCCUUGGCGAAAAGAUCAUCAGCAACAUUGCUGGUGGAGUCGUCGGUGUCAUCGGUAUCGCCUACAUCGCUCUCGAGUUUGUCCCCUCCAUCGAGCCCCCUGCCAACAUGCGCGAAGCCGAUGCCGCUGGAUGGGGCGCCGAGCAGGUUUAA